CAAAAUAACUGAAUUUUUAAUACAGUUAGGUUUAGUUAUAGGUUCACAUUUUUUGUAUACAGACUAAGAAGCCUGUGAUUAAGUGAAAUAACAGUUUAAACACUCUCGUUCUAUACUUUGCAACGUUUGCUUUUAAGCAAAGUGAGCUUAUGUAAAAAAGUUAGUUUGAAAUAUUUAUAAAUAAAAACACAAAAAAAAAAAAGAAACGGAAAGAAAAAAUGUUUUUUGAUGAAACUGCUCAAGAAUAUUGUCGAAUGUCUUGGUUUUUAAUUGAAACGGACGAAGGUCUAUGCCUUGGUUCCAAUAAACAGCCUAACGGCAAGAGAUUUCUUGUAAUUAUUCAUUCGAUGGAAUUAAUUGAUGACGAGUCGGACAAUAUGUAUGUUGAUCGAAAAGUUCGCUUUAUGUGGAAGCAAGGAAUAGUAGAAGGAAAAAUCCGUUUGGCUUCCGAUGAACGCGAUUCUGUUGACAAUGAAUUGAAAAUGCUGCAAGAGAAUGAAGCGGGGAACGUUGUCAGUCAAUCCCAUAAGCCAAACAAUUAUAUCGUUCAAUAUCGUCGAGGUACUGAUACUAUCAUAUAUCGGAUAUUACGUGAAAAGGAGAGUGUCGAGGACAUGCAAAAAAGCGUUAUCUUGGAAGAUGAUAUACCAUACGUGGCAAAAAUCUUGUAUAUGAAUGAAUCCCAGGAACUGCUAUUACAAGAACUAAAUUUGUUGAAAGAUAAAUGCUUUGAAGCGACUUUCACCGAGUCUAGGGACAGUGAGAAGCUCGAAAAUGAUUGGCUUUUGAUACAGUACAGUACCGGGCCCCUUAAUCUCAUCUAUAAGAUUAUCAAUUAUAGUGAUACUGUUUGGCAAAACGAAAAUAAAUUCAAGGACGUUGUAGCUUAUAUAACGGCAAGUGACGUGACAUUCCAAGGUAUCGUUUUAAGUAAAUCCCAAGAUUACGAUGAACUGAAGAAGACAUUGCAAGUUAUUGAGAAAGUUGGCCUAACAUCCGCCUUUCCACUCGAUCCUUUUUCUGAGUGUGCCAAGUCAAUAAAAUAAAAUUCUAUCAUUUAUAUACAUAAAUAGGGCACUACGAUGAUGCCUGAUCCGAUAUAUUCCAAAUAGAUGAUUAUGAAAUGAGCGGAGAAGAGACCACUAACCAAUAAAUACAUUUAUAAAUGUGUUCUGAUUAUGAUGAUUACACGCUACUACUACUACUACUAUUACUACUACUACUACUACUAUCACUACUACUGCUACUACUUUAUAAACUUUAAUAAAAUUAUUGCAUCUAAUUGAAUAAACUAAACCACAUGAAACC